AUGUCGGAACAGGUCGACCUCAGCACCAUCCCCGUCUCCCCAGACGGAGAGAACAAAAACGAUACCAACGGGUCUCAGACCGAGGAAGUUCCGAAGCCUAUCACUGUUUUCCACGACAAGGAGAAUUUCAACGUCAAACACCCCCUUUCCUGCAGGUGGACGCUCUGGUUUACUAAGCCUGCGAGUGGAAAGGGCGAUAACUGGAACGAUCUGCUGAAGAAAGUCAUCACCUUCGAGUCAGUCGAGGAAUUCUGGGGUAUCUAUAACAACAUCGCUCCCGUCUCUGAACUGGCGGUAAAGUCGGACUACCACCUCUUCAAGGAGGGUGUGCGUCCCGAAUGGGAAGAUCCGCAGAAUAAGCAUGGUGGCAAGUGGGCGUAUCAGUUCAAGGACAAGCGCUCCGUCAACAUCGACGAGCUUUGGCUGCACACAAUGCUCGCUGCUAUUGGCGAGACCCUUGAGGAUGAGGAGGACGGCGAAGUCAUGGGCGUGGUUGUUAAUGUGCGCAAGGGCUUCUACCGCAUUGGCGUCUGGACUCGCACGACCGGCAGGCACAUCGCUAGCCGCGGCGAUGGCGAUGUCGCCGGCGGUAAGGGUCGCUCUCUCGAGAAGAGCAAGGAGAUUCUCAUGAACAUCGGUCGCCGGUUGAAGGAAGUUCUCAAGCUCCCUCCCAACGAGAUGGUUGAGUUCUCGGGUCACACCGAGGCCGCUCAGGCCGGCAGCACUCGUGCCAAGGCUAGGAUGGUGGUUUAA